ACAAGAAGCGUUACCGACCUUACACUCCAGACCAGUUGGGGCGGUAAUACACGAAAUCCUAUUUGCCAACCCCUGUUAAGGUAAACUAAGAAGAGGAAGAAAAAAGACGAAGAAGACAGCAGCAGCAGUAGUAGUUGGUCAGCAGUUGUGACGGCUCGUUUCGACGUUUCAUUUUGUCCUUGAAUCUUUUAAGAAUUUGUUCAUUAUGCCAACAAUUAAGCUACAAAGUUCAGAUGGAGAUAUGUUUGAAGUGGAUGUUGAAAUUGCCAAGCAAUCUGUAACUAUAAAGACAAUGUUGGAAGAUUUAGGCAUGGAUGAUGAAGGGGAUGAUGAUCCUGUACCUCUUCCAAAUGUGAAUGCAGCCAUCCUCAGAAAGGUAAUUCAGUGGUGCACUCAUCACAAAGAUGAUCCCCCACCCCCUGAGGAUGAUGAAAACAAAGAGAAGAGGACCGAUGAUAUUCCUGUUUGGGAUCAGGAGUUCCUCAAAGUGGACCAGGGCACACUCUUUGAGCUCAUUCUGGCAGCAAAUUAUUUGGACAUCAAAGGACUGCUAGAUGUCACCUGCAAAACAGUUGCAAAUAUGAUCAAAGGUAAAACCCCAGAAGAAAUCAGGAAGACAUUCAAUAUUAAAAAUGACUUCACAGAGGAAGAGGAAGCUCAGGUACGCAAGGAGAACCAGUGGUGUGAAGAAAAAUAAAGUUCAUCCAGACGAUGUCGCACUGUAAGGAUUGUUCCCAAAAACAUUUACUGGUUGCACUGCGCUAUUCAUACUUGCUGAUAUUUACUAGUAGACCAGUAGAAUUAGACCUGUUGUGUAUUGAUGGCAUGAUCUUCAUUGCUUGUUAGUGAAAAAGAAAAUAUAAUUUAAGUGGUAUCUGUUUUUAUUCUUUGUAUAUUCAGCGGAAAUAAAUAGUCUUUUCACCUCUCUGAAGUAGAAGCCCUUUACUUUUCUCUUUGCCUUUUCGAAUCAACGGUCAUCAGCACCAAUUACAACUUUGGCAACAUUAUUUGAAGCCUGUGUUUUUUUUUUUUUUUUUUUUUUUUUUUUUGGAAUGCAGACUUGCGUGUGCAGGCUUCUCAUAAUUCAGGUAUAGGAAGGUUGAGAAAAUCUAAUAGGUUGCUAAAAUUUUAGCUUGGCCUGUGGACUAAAAUGCUUGCUUAAUGAAAUGUUAAAUGUGUUCUCCUGGAGCAUGGUUAUGUAUGUUGCCUCUUAUAACAUUGUAAAAGAUCAUAUACCAUUUCUUAAUUCUGUUCUUAAGACAGAGCAUAGUUAUCAUUUAGUUAAAAAAAAAUUAAUAAAACGGACAAAAAAUGUG